AUGUCCCAAUACACCCUCACCUCCUACAUCGUCACGCCGGCCGAGCUUGAUUCCGCACUCAAAAAGAAUGUCUUCAGCAAGCUCUCGACGGCGCCACGAAUCAUACCCCUUUGCGCAUCGUGGUUCCUCCCAAACGAUGACCGAACCGGAAUCGACACCUUCAAUGAGGCUCGCAUUCCGCACGCACGAUUCUUCGAUUUGGAUGAGGUGAAAGACCAACACUCAUCCUACCCCCACAUGCUACCAUCCGCCAAAGACUUUGCGAAUGCCAUGGGCCGCUUGGGCAUCAGAAAGGACGACAGCGUAGUGGUGUAUGAUUCGAAGGAGCUGGGCAUCUUCUCCGCGCCGCGUGUGGCAUGGACUCUGCAGAUAUUUGGCCACCCGAACGUACACAUCUUGAACAACUUUCGGACAUGGGUCAGGGACGGCUUUCCCACAGAGAGCGGAGAGCCGGCCGUCCACGAGAGGGUCGAAUACCCGGUUCCGGAAUUGGACAAGAGCAAAGUCAUUGCCUUCGAGGAGGUGAAGGAGAUCGUGAAGGAUGCGGGUAAGGAGGGCGCUGAGGAAGUGCAAGUGCUGGAUGCGAGACCUGCUGGGCGCUGGGCUGGAACCGAUCCUGAGCCUAGAGAAGGUAUCUCUUCUGGACACAUGCCUGGAUCGACAAAUAUCGCGACGAACUAUCUACUCCACGCUGAGGAUAAAACGCUUCUGCCUGCCGCAGAGCUGAGACAAGUGUUUGAGAGUUUAGGUGUUGAUCCUGCGAAGCCUAUCAUCAGUAGCUGCGGGACUGGCGUUACCGCUGCUAUUGUAGAUACUGCUCUGACUGAGGCCGGAUAUCCACAAACGAACAGACGCAUUUACGACGGCAGCUGGACUGAAUGGGCGCAGCGCGUGAAGCCUACGGAAGGCCUGAUUCGAAAGUCACUUUGA